CGUCACCACCAAAGACCUUCCUGUCCCUCGUGUCAUAACAUGGUCGUCUUUGAACGGGAUACUCGUACGACAAUGACACCAACCCAGUGGUAGCGACAUUAAGCGUGAGUCUUGUGGGUUUCUUCGCCGACGCCAUGCCUCGCUACGAGCUGGCGCUGAUCCUGAAGGCGAUGCAGCGGCCGGAGACAGCGGCUACUCUCCGGCGGACAGUGGAGACUUUGAUGGAGCGGGGCGCGGUGGUGAGGGGCCUGGAGAACCUGGGAGAUAAACUGUUGCCCUACAAGAUGACCAAACACAAUGAGAGACACCACCGAGGGACUUACUUUCUGAUCGAUUUCUACGCCGCCCCCACUAUUGUCCCAGGCUUACUGAACCACCUGCACCGGGAUGUGGACGUGGUGAGGCCCACUGUGCUGAAGAAGGAGGCUCAGGGUGAAGCCAGUAACUGCUGUGGCCCUAAACAGUGAUUAAAUAUUAUCUGAGUAAAGAGAUGAGUAAGAGUUUUCACAGCUCAUAUCCAGAAGAUGUACAGAGCUUCCCUCUUUGACCUUUUCCAUAGUUGUUGGCCUACAUUUGGAUGUUAUGUCAUAAUAAACUACUUUUUUCUAUCUUA